AUGGAGGUCUCCAGUGGGAAGCAAAGCCCUCCAGAGCUGGAUUUAGAGGAAAUAACUAGGAAGAUUGUAUUUCUUGAUAAAUGGAGGGAAAUCUUUAGUUAUCACAGGUUGGGAACCAAUAAUGCAACUCCGCAGAACCAUGAGGGGAAUGCUGCGUCUGCUGAUGGAACUGGAGAUGGGACAGGAACAACUCAGCCCAGAGGACAGGGACGUUGGCCACCCAGGGGCCUUUGUCCUAUUCCCAGGCCCUCCGUCAUCUCCUCAAAAUUGGGCGGCUCUCCUAUCUCCCUGACGGUGGCCACAAAGCUGCGGCAGAGCCUCUUUGGAAACACCGUCCACAUCUUCAGCUAUGACUGGAACAAGGCCUAUUUCAAGUUCCACAGUCCUUUCUCUGACCUCGCGUUUGCUUUGGAAGUGGCAAAGGGAGGCCCCCGGAGCAUUCAGAUGGCUGUACAAGGGUCCAUCAUCAAACAUCUCUUGUUUACCAGGAGGGAAAGAGACUGCCACCUUCGCAGUUUACAGGACCUGAGCAGGCAGCAGCAGGAGCGAGCCCUGGCCACCGUGCUGACUGACAUUCUGUGGGUCUCAGGAGCCGCUCAGAAGGCCGUUGUCUGCCUGGUUACCGAGGACACCUAUGUUGAUUGGACUCCUGACUACUCCAGGGACAACUUCACCGAGAGGCUUCAGCUGUUUGAAUUUUCAGAGAAGGAAGCGGCUGAGAAAUUCAUCAGUGAUCACUUGGAGAGUUUCAAAGGGGAAGGGAGUCGCGGCAUUGUCCUGUUCCUUUACAGCCUGAUCUUGUCCAGGACGUUCCAGAGGCUUCAGGAGGACCUGGACUCAACCACCCCGCAUCUGUUACAGCCCAGCGCUGGAGGCUUCCUGUGCAGGCAGGCUGUUCUGAACAUGAUUCUCACUGGAAGAGCAAGUCCCAACGUGUUCAAUGGUUGUGAGAAAGGGGAGGCUCAGGAACUGCUGCACGGAGUCCUGGCCCGCAGUGACGUUGGCUACCUGCAGUGGGGUCGGGAUGCCUCCCAGGAUGACAGACUCUCACAGGUGGGCAGCAUGCUGAAGACCCCCAGAUUUCCCAUCUGGCUGUGUAACAUCAAUGGAAACUGCAGCGUCCUUUUUUGCACAAACAGGCAGCUCUUAUCAGACUGGAAAAUGGAGCGUGUCUUUGAUCUGUACCUCUACAGUGGUCAGCGCUCGCAGAGGAGGCCCGCGCAUCUUACAGUAGAUACACACUCCCAUCACUGGGAGAGGGGCGGACGUGAAGACGGACACAGACCCGGAAGAAGGUUCUCUCCCCUGGAGAUGGCAAUCAGAACCAAGUGGAGAGAGGCCACCAUCACCUGGAAUGGGACUGGUCCCUUUUUCUAA